AUGGUAUGUGAGCGACCUAUUGCGUCUUUACAAGGACAUCCAGACGAUAUCAUGGAUGGAAGACAUCGUACAGAAAGUAAUGACUCGGAUAUUGAAGAAGAAAUGAUGCGUGUGAAUGAUUUUGAUUAUGAUUGGAGACGUCAAAUCAACGUCGGACAUUUAGUGGAUGCUCAAAAUGUCUUUGGCAAUUGGUGUCCAGCCAGAGUUGUAGAGGUUGUAGAUGGAGAAGUGCUGCUACAAUAUUUGAACAUGCACGAGACUUGGCGACAGUGGUUGACGCUCGAUUCAGGUCGAUUAGCACAAUCAGGGACAAAGACACAGAAUGAUAGUAUCCCGGUGCGUCAGGCUCAACAGAUUGAAGUGCGUCCUGGUGGAGGAAAUAGUAACUUGUGGAAGGAAGCAUUUGCAGUGCGUGCACUUGGAGGAAAGAUCUUGGUGCGCUAUGCUGGACGCGAUCAAAAGUUUGACGAGUGGAUUCAGUUUACACCAGCGACGGUGGCACCUGCUGGUGAACACUUGCAACUUCGUGGACGUGGUAGUACGUUGGAACAAAGGAAAAUGGAUGUAAAUACGCCGAACGUGGCACAUUGUCGUGUUAUUCAAGCCCAAAACCCCAGAUUUCAACAUUACCGUGACUCGCUGCAGGUUUCCCUAGGACUGCAGAUUCAUGAUAUCGAAGGAGACGGCAAUUGUCUCUUCCGAUCAUUUAGCCACCAAAUAUAUGGCAACGACAGUCAUCAUGCCCUUGUACGCGCGGCCUGCAUGGACUAUAUGGAGAGCGAGAAGGAAUAUUUUGAGCCAUAUGUGGUGGGUGAUAUGGCAGCGUUCAUGCGCUACUUGCGUUAUAAGAGGCGUGACGGUGUCUGGGGAGACGACCCAGAGCUUCAGGCUAUGUGUGAGCUAUACGAUCGUCCUGCCGAAGUGUUUGCGUAUGAACCGGUCCACGGCUUUCAAAAGCUGCGAUGUUUCCAUGAGAAUAGUACUCUCUCCCGUAGUAGACCUCCUAUUCGGCUAAGCUAUUAUGGAGGAGGUCAUUACGAUUCACUUGUUGGGCCCGACCAUGAAAUAAACUUAAUCCGUGAAACCCCAGGCGAAUGGGAGCAGCGACACAUCAGGUAUUCUCGGCAAAUUAACUCACGUGAUCUACGUGAUAGUGUUACCGGUGUGGAGCUGCAGAUGCCGGCUCAGUCUGACCGUGAACGCACAGAGGUGGAGCAGCUGGAACACAUUCUUAUGCUAUCACGAAACGAGUUUGACGCCAUGGACACAAGCUUAGAGGAGAUACUAAAGCUGACGCUCGCAGAGCAUGACAGAGAGGCUUUGCUGCAACAGGCACAAAGGGAGUUUGAAGAAAUCAAAGAAGCUACUCGCGAAAGUGAGAUGGGCGCAAUCCAAGCUGAGCUACUGGCAAAGGCAAAGGCUGAAUCGGAAGAAGAGCAGUUGAAGUCUGCUAUUCAAGCAUCGUUAGGUGGCCACAAUCUGGAAAGUGAUGGCGACUUUGACGAACAAGUAUCGGCAGCAAUUCAAGCAUCCCUAGGAGAUGCUGAAGCAAGCGUUCCUGUGGGAGAUUAUGAGGAACAAUUGCGUUGCGCUAUAGAGUUGUCAGCUCAAGAGUAUGCACCCACACCGCAGGCGUUUGGAUUGUGCGAGGAUUCGCAAAACACAGACGAGAUGGAUGAGCUUCAACGUGCAAUCCAAGCUUCACUGGAGCGAUCCUAG